AUGUGUCUCGAACUUCUCAGGACAAUGUGUCCUGUUUUUUCCACUCUUGGCAAAGAUGUGUUUCACCGCGAUAUUGCUGCACAUAACUUUCUUAUCGAAGAUGUGAAGGACAACACAGCCAAGUUCGCUGUGCUUGACUUCGGACUUGCGGUGGACGCCGCCAAGUGGUGCCGCGAGUGGGGAUCUCGCAGCGUCGGUGGCGACCCGCGCUACUGGGCGCCACCGGCCUGGAUGAUGCUCGCGUGUGGGCACCGGUAUGUCGCCAACCAUCCAGACAGCUGCUGGGCGAAUCAAUAUGCACAUCGUCUUGAUCACUACUCCUUCGGCAUGCUGAUGCUGGAGAUGCUCUUCGCGCUCUGGAAGGGCCCGAAGGCUGAUGAAGACGACUGGGCCGAAAGUGGCGAACUUUCGGAGCAGGCAAAAUCCUGGAGGUCCUCCUUUCUGACAACACGCUCGGCUUGGAAAGCCUGGUGGAAGAAGUGUGUGCACCUUUUCCAAUCCGUCCACAACGAAGGAGCACAUAAACUGGCUGCUGAACUUCGGGAAAAGUGCCGGAAUACGAAGCAGCUGGCGAUCGACGACCACUGCGAGUUUUUGCGGGCGACGGUGAAGAAGAUUGUGGCACCUUGCGCAGCAGUCCCCGAAGGUGAAGUGUACAAGAAGGUGUCCUUCGUCCUCCAGGCCUGGGAUUGCACAGGGGUAGUUAGUGAGCAGAAUGCUUGCAUGAUCAAGACGGACAGAGUGUCCGCCCUGAGCUCGCGAUCCCGAAAGCUGAUCAACGACCCAGAUGCAUUCCAACAUUUCCUACGGCUCGGAUCCUCCUCCCUGUCGCAGUCCAUGCCCUCCGGUUCGUCCUUCGGAAGUGAUACGGACCUGGUCGUCACCAAGGCAGAGGGGACCUUCCGAUCUGUGCUGUCCAACCAGGAUUUUCCGCAGAGCCUCAAUGACGCGGGAGCCAUGCUGCUCCGUUUGGUACAGUCGCCCUUCCGCACCGACAACGGCGCGGGAAUGGCGCUUCUGCAGCAGGUUCGGAAGGACUGGAGGAAGGCCCACAAGACAGUGAUGCAUCCGGACCCGGUCGUGGCGGAAUUCAUGGCACUCAUGAGGGGGGACGCGGGAGCCAUGCUGCUCCGUUUGGUACAGUCGCCCCUCCGCACCGACAACGGCGCGGGAAUGGCGCUUCUGCAGCAGGUGCAGGCUGGAACACUGAGCACCGAGCAGGAACAGUGGAGCAGCAGCAACUACAACAAAGGAAGGGGACAAGGCGGAUGGUGGGGUGGUGAUUCCUACUACGGCAAUUACGAGUGGGCCGACCAUCGCAAAGGAGCCGGUAAAUACAAGCACAAGGGCAAGACAUCGGAAAAGCACGUCUGGGCCGGCUGGAAUGGCAGUGAAUCCUGGUGGACCUCCACCUCCGGCGAGGAGUGGCUGGAGGAGUCCCAAAACUCCUGGAUCGGGCGACAGCGCAGCGCUCCACAAUGGGGAAGGACCAAGAAGGGUGGAAAGAGAAAGAGCGCAGUCCGCCAGUACGAGGAGGAGGCAGAGGAGGAAGAGACAUCCAAAGAGAGCACCGGCUCCGAGCACGCUCCCCAGGCUACCAACGCGCGAUGGCGCCAGAAGGGUAAAGCCGAGGGAAAGGGCAAGGGCAGCGGCAAAGGCAAGUCGAAGACCUCAACUGCUGAGCCCAAGGCGGAACAGAAGUGGAAUCCGGCCGCUGCAAAGAGAUCCAAGUGA